AUGUCGCUGAAUAAAAAUAAUAUUAGGGAGUACAAAUUGGUUGUUGUUGGUGGCGGUGGUGUCGGUAAAUCCGCACUCACUAUUCAACUUAUCCAAUCACAUUUUGUGGAUGAGUAUGAUCCCACAAUCGAGGACUCGUACCGGAAACAAGUGGUGAUCGACGACAAAGUAUCGAUUUUAGAUAUUCUAGACACAGCAGGUCAAGAAGAAUACUCAGCUAUGCGCGAACAGUACAUGCGUACCGGAGAAGGGUUUCUAUUGGUGUAUUCCGUUACGUCCAGAACCUCUUUUGAUGAACUUAUGACAUACUAUCAGCAAAUUCUGAGAGUCAAAGAUGCCGACUACGUGCCGGUAUUUUUGGUUGGUAACAAAAGCGAUCUCGAUGAUGAACGCCAGGUAUCCUACGAAGAAGGUGUGAGCCUUGCGAAGCAGUUCAAUGCUCCAUUUAGGGAAACAUCAGCCAAACAGGCUCUAUAUGUGGAGGACUCUUUCUACGGACUGGUCCGUUUAGUGAGAGACGGCGGCGGAUUGUACAAUUCCGUCAACAAUCUAGAGGUGGAAGAAAAAAUCAAGCAAAAUUCUAAGGUUGAAGCUCAGAGCCCCGUCGUUGGCGGGCAUAACGCUAACGCCUUGGAUGGAAACAUGGGCGCUGAAGGUCGUGGAAAUUUAGUCACGGAAAAUGGUACUGGCAAAGGAUCUGGCAGCGCUUCUAUGCCUAACACCAAGGAAUCAUCUGGCGCUGUCAAUAAGACUGGUGCCGCGCAGGGUCGCGUAGAGCGUCGUAACGACAAAGCUUCAGCCAAAGAAAAAUCUGGCGGGUGUUGCGUUAUUUGUUAG